AUGGCGCAAGGGAAGGGGGAAAAUAAGUCACACGAUCUUCCACGAGCAACAUCAUCACCACCACCAACGACUCAACGUCGCCGUUUCUCCUUCUCUCCGCUCUUUCAAUUCCUCUCUUUGUAUCUUUAUCUGGUCUUUUCCGGUCUCCGCCUUUCUUUCCACUCUCUUACCCCGGUCUCUCAUAGCGUCUCUACCCCCCGUAGAAAGCAAACAAUAAAACAAGACCAGACCAUGGCCGACGGGUUACUCACCUUUCUCUCGGGCGUCUUCGGCUGGGUCUACUUCCUCGCCUGGAGCGCCUCCUUCUAUCCCCAGGCCUUGCUCAACUGGCGUCGACGCUCCACCAGCGGCACCACUGUCGACUUUCCCUUCAUCAACGUGCUCGCUCUGCAACCCCUCCGACGUCGCUUCAAGUUUGCUGACCACGAUGAUUCUGUCACAGGCUUCCUCGCGUACUUUGUGUCCAACCUGGCCUUCUACUACUCCCCUGAGAUCCGUGCCCAGUAUGCUGCCCGCCACCGCGGCCUCGAGCCCACCGUCCAGUUCAACGACAUCACGUUUGCUCUCCACGCUCUGAUCCUGUCAAUCAUCACCGUCUCCCAGUACCUGUUCUCCUCCCUGUGGAACUUUACCCCAAGCCCCGGGAAUCGCCCCAGCCGCUUCAUCCUUGGGGUAGCCGCCGGUUGUAUCACAGGGGUCGUCCUGACGUGUGUCAUUGUUACCGCCUCGCCUGGAAACGAUGCUCUCUACGAUUGGGUCACCUUGGAUAUUGUGUAUGCCAUCGGCUAUGUCAAGCUUAUCGUGACUUUGAUCAAGUACACGCCCCAGAUUGUCGCCAACUACAACAACCAGAGCACCGAGGGCUGGAGCAUCUCGCAGAUCCUACUCGAUCUGACGGGUGGCGUCCUGAGCGUCAGCCAGCAGGCCAUUGACAGCUACCAGCAGCGUGACUGGAGCGGCAUCACGGGCAACCCGGUCAAGUUUGCGCUCGGCAACAUCAGCAUGAUCUACGACAGCAUCUUCAUCACCCAGCACUACGUGUUAUAUCGCAACAAGCCCCAUCAUGCGCAUGCGGAAGGCGAGAGGUUACUGGAUGACGAGGAGCGGAGGGUGUAG